GUCCGCCGCGCUCCAGGCCCUCCCCGCCCCCUCCCGCUUCACCCGCAGGCUCACCCCGCGUGUCUUACAGGAGGAGCGAUGCCGGCCAAGGGGCCUCUGCAGAGCGUCCAGGUUUUCGGGCGGAAGAAAACAGCUACGGCUGUUGCCCAUUGUAAAAGAGGAAAUGGCCUCAUCAAAGUGAAUGGAAGACCGCUGGAAAUGAUUGAGCCCAGAACGCUGCAGUACAAACUGCUUGAACCUGUUCUUCUCCUGGGCAAAGAACGCUUUGCUGGAGUUGACAUCAGAGUCCGUGUUAAGGGUGGUGGCCACGUAGCACAAAUCUACGCUAUUCGUCAAGCUAUUUCCAAAGCAUUGGUGGCUUACUACCAGAAAUAUGUUGAUGAAGCAUCUAAGAAGGAAAUCAAAGACAUCUUAAUCCAGUACGAUAGGACUUUGCUGGUCGCAGAUCCUCGUCGCUGCGAGUCCAAGAAGUUUGGUGGACCUGGUGCCCGUGCACGCUACCAGAAGUCUUACCGUUAAAAUUAUUCUGUACUCCAGUAUCUUAUAAUAAAUCUGGUGAAAAUUUGGUAAA